AUGCUGAGCCUCACGUACCAGUUCGGAAACACCUCUGUCCUUCCACGAGGAACUUAAAAAGACUGGCCAGCUCCCACGCGAGACGGACAUCAUGAACUUCAGUAGCGACAGCAACACGGGGGAUAGACCUGUGAGGAUACUGCCCUGGGGAUGUGAGCUGAGUCAAGAGAAGCGAACUUGCACCUGGAAGCCCCGCAUGGAGGGGAAGGAGUACUGCAGGCUGUGGCUGAACACAAUUUGCUUGGGAGAGAAAGCGAAAGACGAGCUGCACCGCGUGGAGGUCAUGUCCCCAGCAGGCCAGGAAGACAAGAAGGUCCUACCCAUCACCAUUGCCUGCCUGCAGACCUCUGUCCUGCCCAUGGUUGCCUUGUCCUCAGUGGACCUUUCCCCUCCCGUCACUUUCCAGCUGCGGGCCGGCUCGGGCCCCAUGUUCCUCAGCGGUAAGGAAUGUUACGAAACGUCAGACCAAUCCUGGGAAGAAGAAGAAGAGGAAGAGGAGGAAGAAGAGGAAGAGGAGGAAGAGGAUGAGGAAGGUGACAGUGACGCAGACACCUCCCUGCAGGACAGCCCUAGGAAACCCACCAAGAGGCAGAUGUCUGUGAAGCAAGCGAGCGUGGCCAAGAAGAAGAAGCUGGGCAAGGAAGACGAGGUGCUGAGGUAA